CCAAGAUGCGAGACCAUAGAAAUGCCAUUUCCAGAAUCCAGAGCGUUGGGCUUAGUUGUUACCCUGGAGCAGGUCUCUACAUUUAGCGGAUCUGUUUUUGCUCUAUCUGUUCAUUCUACGCAACCCGGUGCUUACUGCUGAAGCUGUGAUAUUUUGGUCAACCCCACAUUUAGCGCUUAUAGUCGCUGCAGUUGGCAUCCAGGAGGACACUCGUCAGGGUUUUCAUCCUUGGAAGUAAAUUAUUUAUGAUUCACCGGGGAAGCAUACUAGAGCAUCUUCUGUCUGACAUGCAAUCGAGCGACCACCGGGCUUGGUAGUGCAAGACGCGGAACGGGGAGUAGCGCGGAAAGAAACACGGCUGUUACAUGGGUUGAAACAGCGUUUAAGGGCAGUUUUACCAGCUGGACACUAUGCCUGAUGACAGAACGUAACCUCGUUCAAAGGCAUCUUUAGCUGUCUGUUGUGACAGCACGGUGGAUGCGAAGAUGGCGACGGGCACGGGCUGGCAGCAGUAUAGUCCUGCUUCUAGCAACCCCCCUUCAACCACUGGAUUAGGGAAUAAUCCUGCAUCGUCGUCGAAUUUGUUUUACGAAACUGCUCUUACCAUGGAGUACACGCAAGACCUGCAUCUGAAAAUGAGCAAAAAGAUUGCACAACUGACUAAGGUCAUUUAUGCACUCAACACCAAAAACGACGAGCACGAGGACGCCAUCCAGUCCCUAAAGGAGGCCCACGAGGAUGAGGUGCAGCACAUCCUGUCGGAGACGCGCGAGAAGAUCCUGCAAUACAAAAGCAAGAUGGGAGACGAGGCCGACCUCAAGCGGCGCCUGCAGUCGCUGGAGGAGUCGGUCGAGCUGCACGAACACAUGAAACGGCAGGCGCUGGCCGAGUUCGAGAUGUACCGGCAGCGCAUGGAGGACACCCAGCUGUGCACGGAGGCGCAGCACACGCAGCGCGUGGUCAGCAUGUCGCGCGAGGUGGAGGAAAUGCGCCACGACUUCGAGGAGAAGCUGCGCGCCUUCGGCCAAGUGCAGGCCCAGUUUGAGCAGGAGAAACGCCGCGCCAUCGAGGAGCUCAAGGCCGCGCAACGGCAGGAGGUGCAGGAGCUGCUGCAGAGCCAGCAGAACCAGACCGCCUCCUCCACUCUGGACCAGGAGAAGCUGGCGGAAUUGCACCGAGCCGAGGUGGAGGACCUCAUGGAGCGCGUGGAGGAGCUCACGCAGGAGAAGGUGCGCUUGGUGGAGGAGUACGAGGCCAAGCUCACCAAAGCCCAGGCCUUCUACGAGCGCGAGCUGGAGGCCAUGAGACGCACGCAGCAGCUCACCACCGAGAACCUCCUGGCCUGGAAGCGGACUGAGGUGGAGCUCCGCAAGGAGUUCCAGGUGCAGGAGGCUGCCCUGCAAAGGACUCUGGGAAAGCUGCGCGCGGAGCUCCAGAGAGCUCAGGAGGAUUCUAGGGAGAACAGAGACAAGACAAACAGACUGCAAGCCAAUAUGAACAGCGCUGAGUGCACAAUAAAGGAGCUGCACAAGCAGCUGGAGGAGGCCAUCCAGGACGGGGAGAUCUGGGUGAUGCAGCUGAAGGACACCGAGUACGAGCUGGAGUCCAGCCGGGAGCGCGUGCAACAGCAGGCCACCGAGAUCCUCCACAAAGCCAGUCAGAUCGGGUCGCUGCAGGCGGCGCAGAUGAGCCAGGAGGCCACGCUGCGGGACCUGGAGUCCGAGCAGAGCCGGCUGCGUGAGCGCAUCGUGGAGCUGGAGCACGAGAGGGAGCAGCUGCAGACGCACAGCAAGAGCGUGGACGAGCAGCAGCGGCAGCAGAUCCAGGCGCUGGAGAAAACCCUGAUGGAGGAGAAGCAGAAGUACGAGUCGGAGCUUGCGCAGGUGAAGGCCAAGUACGAGGAGGAGGUGGAGCGUCUGAAGGAGACGCAGGCGCAGGCGCUCGACGUGCUGACGGAGAAACACAUCGCCAUGCAGGAGAGCGCGCGCAACGCCGCAGAGAGGGAGAAGAACCAGAGGAUCGCUGACAUGGGGCAGCAGUAUGAGAUCCGACGCAUGUCGUUGGAGGAGCAGCGGAACCACCUGCAGCAGCAGCUGGAGAACCUCCGCGAGGAGCUCAACGCCAAACUCAGCAUCGCCAACCAGGAGGUGUCUCACCUGCAGGAGCUGGUGAAGGACGGCGAGCUCAAUCUGCAGUCCGCCCAGGGCCACAUCUGCUGUCUGAAGGAGACGCAAGAGAAGCUGCUGAUGGAGCUGGAUGCCACCCGGUCCCGCGUCAGGGAGACCAGCAACAUGCUCACGGACCUCCAGGAGGAGAUUGAGACACAGAAACAACAACAUGAUGCCAAGGUCAUCUCCAUCAAGACCGAGGAGAAGCAGAAGAUGGACAAAAUGGCCGAAGACCUGGACAUGAAGUGGACAGCCGCUCUGAGAGCUGAGCUGGAGACUCUGCGUGAGGAGCUCGGUGACGAGCACGAGGCUGAGAGGCAGGCCAGCCUCACACAGCUCUCCCAGCAGAAGGACCUGGAGAUGAUGGCAGCCCGAGAGACCUGGCAGAGGAAGGUGGAGGACCUGCUGGAGCAGAUCUCCCUACUGAAGCAGAGUUUGGAGCUGCAGUUGUCCCAGUCCAAGAGUGCCCUGCAGCAGAUGCAGUCCCAGUUCGCCCAGGAGCGUGAGCACCUGGCGCAGGAGAUGCAGGAGAUGACCCUGGACAACCAGCACCGCGAGCGACGCCUCCAGGAGGCCCACUGCAUCGCCGUACAGACCAUGGAGGAGGCCCGCCAACGCAACCUCAGGGAGCUGGAGGACCGUAUGAAGCAGGAGCAGCGUGAGGAGCUGCAGGCUCUGCGGGAGGCACACAGGCAGACGCUGGACAUCCUGCGGCAGCAGUCGGAGCAGGAGCUGCAGACGCUGCGCUUCGAGCUGGAGGAUGAGGGCAAGGCCAUGCUAGCGUCCCUCCGCUCAGAGCUGAAUCACCUGCACGCUACGGCUAUCGAGCACCUGAGACAGGUGCACCAGCAGGAGAAUAAAACUGCCCAGCUGGAGCUGGAGAACACUCUGGAACGUAGCAAGAACUUGGAGCAGGAGCUGUUCGGCCGGAUCUCGGACCUGCAGAAGGAGGUCUCGUGCCGGAAGAAGCGCAUCGUGGACCUGGACCGCGAGAUCCACUCGCUCAACGAGACCAUCAGCACGCUCACCAAGGAGCUGGAGCUCAAGGGCAAGGAGGUGCUGCGCAUCCGCAGCGAGGCUAACCUGCAGAUCAGAGCCCAUGAGCAGGACCUGACUAAGAGACACGAGAGGGAUAUGGGGGAGAUGAGCGCCUCACACAACCGAGAGAAGCACAUCAUGCUGUCCGACUUUAACAAAGCCCAGGAGGUGCUCAAGGACAAGAUCUCAGCCCUGCAGAUCCUGCUGGAGGGCACGGAGGACAAGUUCAGGAACCGCGAGAGUCGGCCGGAGGACCUGCAGGCGAUCGCUGAGCUGAGGCAGAUGGUGGCGGAGAGGGAGGCUCUGGUGAAGAAACUGGUAGAUGAUAAGAAGUUUUAUCAGUUGGAGCUGGUGAACAGAGAGACAGGCUUUAAUAAAGUGUUCAACGCCAGCCCCAACGUGGGCGUGAUAAACCCUCUCAUUAAGCAAAAAGGUAAAAAGUCCGCAAGCCCGUUCGUCAGCUCUCCAAACCUAAGUGUUGUGGAAGCCGAGGGGGGCUUGUGCUCGGGUUGGGGUUCGAGUGCGGGGCGUAGGCUAGAGAGUGCCCCCCCUACCUCCCCCCCAGUGCGGCAGCUUCCGCUCCGCACAAACAAAGCGCACGCCCCAGCGACACCCCCGACAGGCCCCGACCCCGACGCCACUCGGAGGUGAGCCCCACCUCGUCAUCGUCACUGUCGUCGUCGUCGUCGUCGUUAACCCUUUGUUGUCCGCACACCACCACCUCCACCACGCCGCACCAUGGCAAGAGACAUGCCUAAAGCACAAGAACCCUGUCUGCCAUUGGUCUGGUCUCACUGUCUCACUCCUGUAUCUGUAAACAUUUAUUUCUGUACUUCAGCAGUCAUCCAACCAAACCAACAACAACAACAACAACAACAAAAAUCAGUGUCCGUUUGGGUUUAUUUGUUUUAUCUCUCUCUCUCUAUUUCUUUUCAUUUUCAAAAAUGAAGAACGAAUCGAUUAAUCAGUGGUGCUUGUCCACAGUGAAAUGUGGGUGUGCUUGUCACUUUCCAAUGCAUCUUGUCGCUGAAUUGAAAAAAAAAGCACACACAAAUACUUUUUUCUCCCAUUUUGUUUUCUUAGUGAUAUGCAUGUAUGAUCUUGCAUACCUCUAUUGUUAUCAUGCCAUGUUUAUGAGUUAGUUACACACCACACACCGAGCACUCUUCUAUCAAGCAGUUACUUUGGCCCUCUGAAAAUAUGAUCUAAUUUUGGUGUUUAUUUCAUUAAUAUAUCUCUGUUGUUUCGAUAUUUCAUUAAUGGCAUUGGAAUGCAAACAAAAGCAUGGUCUGUGUCACCACAUUCAGUUUGCUCUGGUGAAGUGCAUGUUUCUGUGAACGUUGCGGGUCUUGAACAUUCGUUUCAUGGUCUGAGUUGAGUCGUGUGUUCCAGAGUAAAUGACUGUAUAGUCCAGCCAUUUAUCAUUUUAAACUGUAAAUCACUUUUUCCUUCAGACUCUCAGUGGUUCUGAGACUUCUAUUAUUUGCGCUUCUGUACUUUGAUGAAGAUUGCAUAGUCAUCAGUUUAUGUGGAAAUAUAUGACUAAACGGCAGUAACCUGCCUAAAUGAUGUUUUAUUUGUAUUCAAACUGUGCAUGGCAAGCUUUGCAAAGCCAUGGUUGUCAUUCUUGCUUCAGUGUGAAGACAUAUUGCACAUUAUACUGUAUAUUUCUCUCCCCAAGCUGGAAACUAGAGAUUAGAGACUAGAGAUAACAUUGAUUUAGGGCAGUUUAGGGGCAUGGUGUUUCAUAUAGAUAUAUUUGAACUCUUGGAAGGCUCAGGCCUGUUUCACACCAUAUACAGUAUGUUGCAUGUGCGUAACGGCUGCAAAACUAUUAUUUUCAUAGUCAAUAAUGAAUUAAUCGAUGAAUUGUUGCAGCUCCAAUUUUCAUUGAUCUUUAUGAACAGUGCACUGUCUCAUGCGGCCAGUUUGAAUGCUCUCCCUAUUCAUAUGGCCACCAAAAUGUACAUGAAGACAUUCCACAGGCGUAAUGUGGUGUGAAACAGCCCUAAGUGGCACAGUGGAAUGACGUGCUGUAACUGGCACCUGUCAGGUUCUCUUAUUCUGAAGGAUAUACGCUAGUUUUGUUUGUUUGUUUGUUUUGUUUGCAAAGAUGCUUCACCGUCAAGCUUGAUCCGCUGCCACUUUCUUCUGAACUAAUUCUAAUGCGUUAUAAAAUAUUGUAAAAUAACAUUUUAAAUGACCUAAAUGCAAAUGGAUUUCCCCAAAAAUUCACAUCAUAUUAGUGUAUAUUUUUAAUCAGUGCAUAUUUUAAAGUAGUGCAUAUGAUAUUUCGUUAUAAGAGCAGCUGUAAUCAUUUUUUUGCAGGUGUCAUAUUGCUGAUGUGAUGUUCUGUGGUGUGUGUGUUAGUGCUCUUACUGGUUUACUCCCCU